AGGAGAAUCGGCUUUUGGGUUUCGCUGAUCCUCCCCGCCCCGGAUCCUCAAUUGGCUUCUUUGUAGAGAAGCUCCAUCUCUUCUCUACCCGUAUCCUGAUCCCUGUGCUCUUCCUGUGGUUGGUCACGUCCCCGCGCUUCUGAGAACACCGUUGGAACUGUCUCGGGUAUCGCAAACUGGCGCCAAACAUCAAGGAUAAACAUACCUUGCCUCAGAACCUAAAAGUCAAGAACCUCAUCGAUGCUUGAGAACGGCCGUCGCUUAUCUCAACCAGUGCGUCCAAUUGAUGCCAUUCAGCCCGCUAAACAAGUCCCAUUAACGUGCCCGGGACAUACGCGGCCGGUGGUGGAUUUGGGAUUUUCUUCGUUUACCUAUACCGGCGACUUCUUUUUGAUUAGUGCUUGUAAAGAUUCAGUGCCAAUCUUGAGGAGAGGCAAUACUGGGGAUUGGGUUGGCAGCUUCCAAGGUCAUAAAGGGGCGGUCUGGUCAGCCCGUCUAAGCCGAGACGCCACUCUCUCCGUUACCGGUUCCGCAGAUUUUACGGCAAAGAUUUGGGAUAACCUUACAGGUGUCGCAAAGGUUACCUUGGACCAUUCUCAUGUCGUUCGCUGUGUGGAUAUCACGGGAGAAGGGCGUUACGUUCUUACGGGCGGUUACGAGAAGAAGGUCCGCAUUUUUGACCUGCAGGGGGAUGGGAAGAGGGAGCCUAUGAGAGUAUUGGAGGGAUGUGAGAACGAGAUCAAAACAGCCUUAUUGGAUGGUGAUCAUGGCUUGGUUUUUGCCGGAGAUGGGAAAAACCUUCGCGUGUGGGAUCUCCGGACAUCAAGCGAAAUCAGCAACCGGGAAUUUGAAUCCGAAAUUUCCAGUUUACGAUUCUCGUGGGAUAAAAAGUUCAUCAUCUGCACCGCAGGGAAGAAAGUGUUGUUUUAUAAUGCAUUGAGCUCUGCUCUGGAAAAAUCCUUUGACGUCAAUAUCAGUGCAUCGUCGGCAAGUCUCCAUCCCUCUGGAGGCAAAUUUGUCGUUGGCGGAAGUCAAGACCUGUGGGUGCGCGUGUACGAUUGGAAGACCGGGGAAGAGCAAGAGGUAUAUAAAGGACAUCAUGGACCCAUUCAUUGCGUAAGCUAUAGCCCAGAUGGUCAUCUCUAUGCCACGGGAAGUGAGGACGGAACUGUGAGAUUGUGGCAAACCGUUCCCGGCAUCAAAUACGGCUUGUGGGAACAACAGUAAUUCGUUAUGAAGCGACCAAACCGGUCCGAUUUUUUUUUAUCUUGCUCUUCUUUGGACCCGAUUGGGCGACCUCAUACCACAUAAAAAGUGUCCAACUGUUCGUCUUUAUCUAACAUUUUCUUAUAUACGUACAGUCAGGAAUAGGGAAGGGGGGUUCGGGCAUGAGAAUAUCUCACGCUUCCUUAUUGACGUGUGAUUUGAAAGGAUCAGACGUACUAUUUGUAAUUAACCAGAAAAGGUGUAAACCAAAAAGAAAAUAAAAAAAGCCAAGAACGAGAUAUAGGCAAAUGAUGCUUUUGCA